AUGCAAUUUCAUAUUAUUAUCGUUAAUUUUAUGGUACUACCAUGGUUUAUAAUCGGUCAGAAAUCAUAUUCUUAUUCUGGUCAAUAUGGUUUUCCUAUUAAUAAUCAGUUUGAAAAAUCAACAAAUGCUCAAAUUUCUUCAUCUAAUUCAAAUAUGAUGAAUUAUUUAGUUGGAAAUUUCUCUGAAUCAUAUUCAUUUCAAGUUGCACCAUCAUCAAUACAAGUAGCUCAGUUAAGUUUAAAUGGUUAUCCAUUGUAUAUAAAGGAUAUUGGAUUUUCAAAUGAUACAAGAUUUCGUUAUGAUGAACAAAAGAAUCAUUUAACAAUACUUUCACUUGAUCUAACGACAGUUGGUUCUUAUUUAGCUCUUGCUGGUAAUUGGAAAGAAUUUACGAAUAUAGUUAGCGCUAUUAAUGUUUCAUCACUUGAAAUUCAUAAUUUUCAUGUUAGUGAAGAUAAUAAUGGUUCAUCACGUGUAUCUUGUUCUGUAUCAAUAAUACGUUCAACAUUUCAAUUAUCUCAACCAUCUUUACAAUCAAAUAAUCAAAUAUUAAAAUCAACAGGAAUAGAAAAUUUACCACGUCUGGAUUUAUUUAUUUCAACUCGAACAUUAUCAUCUGUGUUAUUAAAUAAGAAAAUCUAUAAUGAUACAUUAAAUGAACAAUAUUUUACACGUCGAAUUACUCUAGAACAUCCAUUAACACGUGCUGAUCAUAAUGGAACAAUUCAAUGUCAAGUUGAAUCAAAUAAUAAUAUCGAUAUUUAUUUAAUAAAAAAUGUUUCCAUUGAUAUUGAAUAUGGACCAAAUUUAGAAACAGGUGCAUUACCAAAAAUUAAUUUAGAAGGUGAAAUAUUAAAAAUGAUUGAAAUGGAAUGUCAAAUUGAAGCUAAUCCAUAUCCAUCAUAUGUUUGGUAUGAAAUAUUAAGUAAUAUAUCAACAGGAAUAAUGUCAGAUAAUGAUCAACAUAAUUCUUAUGAACGAUUAAGUUCAACUGAACAUAGUGUUUUUGGUAUAACAAGACGAAUUCAAAGAAUUUAUCAAGAUUCAGGACAAUAUACAAUGCAAUGUCAAGCACAAUCAAGAGGAAAAACUGUUAAACAAGAAUUUUUUAUUUCUAUUCAUCUACCAUCAACUAUUGUGAAAACAAAUUCUUAUAUUGAUCGAGAUCGACAAACAUCAUAUAAAACUCCAAUGUUUAUUGGAAUAACUAUUGGUUGUAUUUUACUUUUACUUAUUAUUGCAAUUAUUAUUGCUACAAUUAUGUUUUUAAAACGACGAAAAAUGAAUCCAAAUGAAAAAAAUUCAAUUGAAAAAUUAUCAGACGAUAAACAAGAAAAAUCUCGUUGGGGUAGUUUACCUAUUGAUUAUUCAAAAUAUAAACAUGAAUCAUUAAAAACUGAUUCAUCAUCAACAUCACAUUUAGUUGAAUCGGUUGAAACAACUUCAAUGCAAGUACCACCACCAGUACCUCCUCGUCCAUCUCCAUUGAUAAGUACUCAAUCAUCUUAUCGUCAAACUCCUUUAACAUCAGUCUCACUUUCAUAUCGUCAAGCAAGUGCACUUCCUGGUUUUCGUCCAUCAAAUCCUACACGUUCGUAUUCUUCUGAACAUGAUGAUGCUGAUGAUAUAAGUACAAGUAUUAAUGCAAUGCCAUUAACAAUAAAUCGUUCACGAGCAAAUACACCACUUGGUUCACGUAGAUCUCUUUCAGAAUCAAUACAAUCAUUAAGAUCAAAUCAACAAACAGGAAUUUCAUUACCUGUUAAAAAACGUUCACAUGAUUUACCACCAAUUCUACCAAAACGUGAACAAAAAACACCAUCACCAAAUUCAUUUCAAGCUAAAAAUGAUUAUCAACAUCAUCAUUAUCACAAUCCAACACAAUUACGAGCACAACAACAAAUAAAAACUGAUAAUACAUCAUCUGAAGAAGAAGAAUUUGAACAACAACAAAUGAAUCAAAUAUCUGAAGAUUCAGUGGCUACAGCUUCAACAACAGCAUCAUCGGGAUAUAAUCAGGUAGAUUUUCAUCCAGAACAAGGACGUCGAAUAAUAACAUCAGCAGUACCUCAACAAAUGAUUGUUAAUCAACCAAUAGGAAAACCUCGUGAUGAAGUUCCACCAUCAUAUCAUCAAGUAACUAAUACAUCUUCUCCAUCUCAUGCUUAUAUUUAUCAGGAACCAACUGAAGUUUAA